AUGCAUUUUUUAAAUAAAGAAUACAAUCAUAAAAUAGCAGAUUUUGCUAAUGAAUUGGAUAUUAUGAAAGAUUAUUAUAAUGAAUAAAUAAAUAAAUUAUAAGAUAAUUAAGAAAGUUUAGCUUAAUAAUAAUUAUCUUCAAGAGCAAAUGAUUUGUUAAAGAAAUUGAGAUUAAUUAAAUAUUAAUAACUAUUGAUUAAAAAUAAUAAUAUUUAAAAAGGAAUUAGGAAACCUAAGAAAAUGAACUCAGAAAUUCAUUAAAAUGCAUUUUCACUUAGAUAAUUACCUGAUAAUAAUAUUACAGAUGAAUAAAGUUCAAUCUAAUAAGAUUGUUCUAAUAAUAAUUUUUAUUAAUUAGAAAACAAUAAUAAUCCUCCUUAAUUUAGAAGAAAAUCAUAAAGAUUAAUGACAAGUGCAACUGAUUAUAGAAAUAAUGAAAAUUCUAAUAGUGCAUCAUUUUCUGAUAAGAAUCUUGAAGAAGUUAAAAUUACAACUGAAGAUAUUGAUGAUCUAUUGAAUUUACUAUCAGGUAAAAAAGAAUCAAUAUGGUUACCUAAAUUUCUAAGAAGUAAUUAAUUAAUUAAUGAAUAAGAAGGAUUCAGUGUGGAUGCUAAAUAGUAAUGAUAUAUUUAUAUUAUUGAAUAGAUUCUUAUUAUCUCAUUUUACACAAAAAUAACCAUCAUUUGAAUACAUUUAAGAUUAUUAAGAUCAAAUUUAAGAGGAAGAAUUGGAAAGAAUUGAUUUUAAUGCAGACUUUUUAUAAUAUUAUAGAAAUAAACCUUAAGAUAAUAUAUAAACAAGAAUAUUUUUUGAGAAUACUAUUAAUAUUUUUAAGAAAUUUAAGAUUGCUUAAACUUUUAAGAUAAUUAAACCAGAAUUGAUUGGAGAAUUUGCUUUAAAAAUUGAUAUGUCAUACUUUAAUAAUUUAUAUCAUAAUUCUAUGCAUGCAUUAGAUGUAACAAAUUCAACUGGAUUUUUCUUGGAAAAUGGUUUAAAUGAAUUAUUAGAUGAAUUUGAAUAGGCUUGUUUAAUAAUAUCAUCUUUGGCACAUGAUAUAGGACAUCCUGGUCUUAAUAAUGGAUUUAUGAUGAGUAAUAGAUGUAAAUUAGCUUUGUUAUGUAUUUAUAUAAAUAUGUUAGAUAAUGAUUAGAGUGUACUUGAAAAUUAUCAUUCUUUUUUAUUGUUUUAAAUUCUCUCAUAAGAUCAAUUCAAUAUUAUAUAGAAUUUAGGAUAGGUUGAAUAAAAAGGAUUUAGAAAAUAUUGUUUAAAUCUAAUCUUAGAUACAGAUCUAACAAGACAUUUUCAAUUAAUGAAUAAAUUCUAAAAUUAUUUAGAAUUAACUGAAUCAUAAGAUCUUGAUAAAAAUUUGUUAAUGUCUAUUUGUAUUAAAUGUGCAGGUAUUCAAUUAUAUCAUCCAUAUAAGAUGUUGGUCAUGGUGCGAAAUAAUUAAAAAUGCAUAAACUUUGGAGUAGAAGAAUUAUAGAGGAAUUCUUUUUAUAAGGAGAUUUAGAAUCAUAUUUGAAAGUACCUGUAUCACCAAUGUGCGACAGAAAUUAGUGUGUUACCAAAUCUUAAGAAGGAUUUCUAAAAGCUAUUGUAUUGCCAAUGUUCAAUGCAUUCGUUACCUUAUUGCAGAAGUACAUGAUAGUCUAACUCUGCAUAGCGAAAAAGUGACAGAAGUUUGUUUGCAACAGAUUCAUGAGAACUUGAAGUAUUGGUAACAACAAACUGAUGAUAAACAAUUUAUGAAAGAGACUCAUAUAGAAACACCAGGACUUGAUAAUUUGAAGAAAUUUUUGAAUUAGCCAUUAUAAUUAUGUGUUUGAAAACAAAUAAAAAAACGAAUUAAUUAUGUUAUUGUAAUUUAUAUUAGUUCUGAGUGUUCAUGCAGAUUUACCAGUACAUUGUGUUCGUCAUUAAAUUGUAGGAAAAUGGUAAUUAGAAUUUACAGAACCAUAAAUUAAAGGUAAUUUAAUAGAUUCAUCUAGGCAGUGGACCAUUGACAUGUGGUCAUGAUGUACCAGAUAAUGAACGUAGUUCAUAAUUUGCAGGAUAGAAUACAUUUUAAAAGGCUUUUACACAUGAAGUUAUAUUGACUGCUAAGAAUAAUGUUGUCUAAAAAAAGAAAUUAUAAGGCAAAUGGAGUAUGGUUUAUGAUGAAGGAUUUGAGGUAGAUUUUAUGCAUUAUAAAUGUUUUGCUUUUUCAAAAUACAAGACAAAUUAUUCUGGUGCAUAUUCAUAUUGUGGAGAGACUUUGAUUGGAUGGUAUUAGAAUAUCAAAACUAAUGAAAGAGGAUGUUAUAGAGCAUUUAAAUAAGAGAAGACUCAUAAAGUAUCAGAAGGUGCUAAUAAUGGACAUGUUGUGCAACCAUAAUUCUUUUAGUAUUAGAAUUCAGGAAUCAAUAAGGUUUGGUCUAGAAAUGAUGCUUUAAAUUUUGUUGAGUAGAUUAAUAGAGCAAAUCUAUAAUGGAAAGCUAAGGCAUAUGGUGAAAUAAUUGGAUUGACAACAAAAUAGUUGAAUAAAUAUGCAGGUAGAAAAAAGCAUUCAUCAACUAUAUUAUUGGAAAAAUAAAAAAAGAAAUAAUAGAUAUUAGAAUAUGAUUUAAGUCAUUUACCUAAGGAAUUUUCAUGGGAAAAAUAUUUAGGGAAGAAAAUAUAUGAAUAAAAGGGUUGUGGAUCAUGUUAUACUAUUUCAACUAUGACAAUGUUAUCAGCUAGAUUAAAGAUUAAAGGUUUGAAAGUAGAUUUAUCACCUUAAUAAUCUAUUGAUUGCAAUUAUUAUAAUUAAGGUUGUGAUGGUGGUUAUCCAUUUUUGGUAGAGAAAUAUCUUACAGAAUUGGAUGGAUUUAUAUAUGAAGAGAAAGAAUAUCCUUAUAAAGGAUAGGUAGGGAAAUGUAAAGCAAGUGAGAAAUAGAAAUAAUUUAGGGUUAUUAAUUAUAGAUUUAUUGGAGGAGCUUAUGGUAAAUCAAAUGAAUUGAAUAUAAUGGAAGAGAUCUAUAAAAAUGGACCUGUUGUUAUGAAUUUUGAACCAACUUUUGAUUUUAUGUUUUAUGUUGGUGGAGUUUUCCAUUCCACAACUCCAGAUUGGAUUAUUAAUGGAUUAGCUAAACCAGAAUGGGUAUUAUAAAUAAAAUUAAUAUAAAAAGGAAAAAGUUGAUCAUUCAGUAUUAUGUUAUGGUUGGGGAGAAGAGAAUGGAAUAAAAUAUUGGUUACUAUAGAAUAGUUGGGGUAAAUAAUGGGGAGAGAAUGGUAGAUUUAGAAUGAAAAGAGGAUAAGAUGAAUCAUCAAUAGAAAGUAUGGCAGAAGCAGCAGAUAUAGAGAUUAUUCAUGAUUCUUGA